CCCGGCCCUCAGUCUCCCCUUGCACUGAGUGGACAAAGCACACAGAUGCAGCAUGACCCAACCCGGGGGCACUUUCAGCCACCUGACCUGAGCCGAGAGCCGCCUGUACGCCACCGUUUGAGAACGUCUGUUUAUUAGAGACCUGGGCCAGAGCUGGACCAAAACAGGGAGAUGAGGAACGCCUGACCAACAAGAGACAUUUCAGGAUGAGUCGGCUCCACUGAAGAAGGAGGGACGCUUCACUCGGGGUCACCGAGAUACCGAACCUGUGUGCUGGUGCCGUCUGAGGAUUACACCGAUGAGUCUUAAGAAGAGGAGAGCCAGCGUGGUUUUCAACUGGCACAAGUCCUUCACCAUUCUCACACCUUGGAGGAGAGGGAAAGGGGACAUGGUGCUGGACAGCGAGGUGGUCCUGACCAAGAUGAAGAUCUUCAACAACUUCCAUCAGAAGGUCUCCAACACCGAAGACUCUGUCUCAACCAUCUCCAUAUCUGUGUCAGAGCAGGAUGCAUCUGAACCAGUCAAAGCUUUGGACAGGAGUGCCACAAUCUGCGUGCCUGAGGGUGCCUCAUCUGAGCCAAAGCCUGACUACCUGUCUGUGUUCUCUGACCCCCAGCUACCCAGGCUGUUCAAGUUUGAAUCUGAGGACUCUGGUGUGGAGCUGCCCAGCGGGGCCAACUCCCCCUCCACCCCAACAGGUUCUGAACACAGUUUUGUCGUCCACAGCCGGGAGUCCUCCUGUGACUCCCGUGACCUGAAUGCUGCGGUAUCUACCCCAGACUCACUUCUCUUGCUCGAACAGUGUCCCGAGACCGAGGAGGCGGAGACCUCACCUCCUCCUGUGCCGGAGGUGGAGGGGCACGAGGUUACCAAUUCGGAAGCGGAGGCAAGCUCCGUGAGUGAGCCAUCGGACAUUACCCUGACUCAGGAGGGCAGGGAGGAGGAAGGGACAAAGGAGGGGGUCUUGGGGGACACCACUGAGGCUUGCGAAAGCAGCACGGUGGUGGACGGGGCCGCUCCGGUGGCUGCCGUGGAGGACACCAGGCCAACGAGCAGCGUUUCCACGGCAGCUUACGAUGACAUGACAGAGGUCUCACAGCAGCAGCCACUCAGGAAAAGCACGACGAGCGACAGCCUGGAUGAGUAUAUGGAUGAGUGCUGCAGGCUGAGUGAGGUACAUCAGAGCAAGUCCAACCCCCUGGGCUCUGGCCUGGGCUACCUGGAGCACAUCUGCCAGCUCAUUGAAAAGAUCGGGCAGCUGCAGGAACACAACCUGAGGCUACAGAAGCAGAUCUGCGGCCUACAGAAGGAGAGCAAGAUGAGGAAAACCAAGGAGGACUUCUUCCUCCAGCACUGUUGCUGUGGCGCAGCCAGCUUGGCCUUCCAGGAGCUGAAGAGGCACUCCAGGAGCGAGUUCUACGGGCUCACAGCCUCCAACGCCACACUGUCCGACCUGUCCACCAUCCCCGAGAUCACCCGGCAGCCCGGCAGGACAGGGAAACAAGAGGGGGAGAAUGGAUGCCACCAGCCGGUGCCCCUGUGGAGGAAAGGGCUGAAUCGGAGGAGCUACACAGAGGGUGAGGCCAGAUACCUCUGUGACAGCACAGAGGCCCUCUCCACCCCACACAGGAGGCUGAGUGAGAACCACACCUGGGGAAGAGUGAAGGAGCUGGUAAAGAAAACAAGGCUGAGGAACCAGAGCAGGCUGGGCUUGUCCUCCAGCUCCCUGAAGAGGUCCUGUCCCCAGCUCUACCGGCCUGAUCUGGGACCAGUGGAGCUGCCAAAAAGAGACAGGAACUCCAUGAUAGCUCUGGGCCACCAAAACAAACCAGAGUUCAUCUGGCACCAGUAGUGUCAGACAGGCAGAGCAGAUGGACCAUGGGUGGGAGUGCAUUCCUAGGAGAAGGAGGCAAAGUCAAGUUGUACAGAGUGUACAGAAAAGGAAGGAUGGAGUGAGAGGAACAAGAGGAAACGUGCGAUGGAAGAUCUUUUGAGAGGACUACACAUAUGUAAAGUCUAAAAAGAAAAAAGCUGAAGCCAAGCGUGAAGAGGAACGGGCUCUUUAAAAAAGAUUAUCAAGGGAUUUAUUGUUUUAUUGUUUAUAUCAACAGGGAGACUAUGGUUUAUUCCAAAUUUUUAAAGAUAUAAAUACAUGUAUUCCAGUCUGUAGUUCUCAACAUGAAUUCAUCUUGUAUCGUUGUUUUGAAUACAAAUGUCAACCAGUAUUUAGGAGAAGGUCUGGACUGCUUCUCAGCUGCAUCCAUUAUCCAUUCACAUUACAUUUGCAUUUAGUGUAGUAGCGGAUGCUCUUAUCCAGAGCGACUUACAAAAGUACAUACACAAAGGUUAUCCAACAUUAUGUUUGAAAUUCAUUUGUUGAAUUUUGCUUCUUCAGGCAAAUUUUGCUAUGUUGCUAUGUACACAAGCCAAAAAGCCAUUGGGCACAGAUCUAUUUUACUCCUGAGCCAUUUGCUUUUUCGUCCUACUUUUAGUAAUGUGCUGAUCGUCAGUACGUUGAGCCAUAAUCCAAGUGGAAUCUGCUUUGUAACACUCUUGUUCACGUUAUCAUAUGUGUGCACUUACUGCCUUUCAGCUGUUAUUUUGAAAACACCAUCUGCAUUUGAUAAGACAAAACAAUAACAGAUCCACUAAAAACUAAGCACAUUUGUUCCCAAUUACAGAUAUGUGGCUCAGAUUUUGUAGCAGUCUUUAAGUAGCUUCGGCACCACUAGAACUGGAUCAUGCACUUUAUUCCACAGAUUGUGUUUAUACAACUAGGAGCGUGUUUCUGCAAUCUGAAGUUCUGAUCAUGCAUCAUCUGAUUGAAGAGCUUACUGCCUCAAUUUCUGUCUGUCUCAGUCAUACAUUGAUAUUAAGAAUUGAUUACAUGGCAAGACGGACCAUACGUACCGAUAUACACCCGCAAAACAAAUGUGAAGAUAUGGAUAUGUAUUAUAUUGUAACAAGUGUGUCUUUU